ACAUGCACUUUUUUUUUUUAUUAAAAUUUCCACGUGAGUUUUAAUUUGUCUGUUGUGACAAUUAAUAAAAAAAUUUAAUAUAAUAUUCAAAAACAAUGGCACCGCGUAAGCCCAAAAGACAAAAGUUACAGUAUGACCCAGAAGUUGAAGCUAGGUUACAACAAGUAGUUUUUAAAGAUUCUGAAGAUUUUCUAAAAAAUUUGUCCAAACACGAAGAAAGUGAUGUGAAGGUCAGUAGUAAAACUGAAGAAAUUAGUAAAAGUCAAGAUUCAGGAAUAUCUGAAGAUAAUGAAGAUCAUGAUAGCGAUAAAACUGAAGAAAGUGACGAUGACGAACAUGAUAGCGAAAAGGGUGGAGAAAAUGACGAGACAAAAGAAAAUGAAAGUGAUGAAGAUAAAGAAGAUGAUAGUGAUGAUGAUGAUGAUGAAGCUGAAGAAGAUAAACCAGAAUGCACACGGGUUUGGUUUGAUAGUGACGAAGAAAAUUACUCAGUGAAGGAUGCAUUGAAGAUUCAACAUCGAAAAUUACCAGGAGGUAGACCUGAGAAAACUUACAAUGAGUUGCUGGAGAAUAAAUUUAAAUCUCUUGUCGGUACUCCAAAAUGGGCGAAAAUUGACCGGGAAAAAGUCGUAGACUCCGAUAAAUCGGAUGAAGAGCUUCUUCAGCAUAGUAAUCGAUUAAAAGUUGGGAAGGAUAAAAAAUUACCCCGUGGAACUAUUGAGAUUAAAGCCCUCACUGAUAUUAACACAGAAACACAUAGUGAAGGUCCAGUUGUUACUAGUUUGCAGUUUCACCCGACAUCUACUGUUGCUUUAGUUGCCGGUUUAUCUGGAAUCCUGUCGAUUUUUAAAGUCGAUGGUCAAGAUAACAAUAAAUUACACAGUUUACAGUUUGAACAUUAUAAAAUAAAUGCAGCAAAAUUUUUGAGAGACGGUAGUGAAAUAAUUGCUGGAAGUCGAAAGAAUUAUUGUCAGUUGUAUGAUUUAAUGUCUGGUAAAAUAUGUAAAAUUCCAUUGCCGAAUGGCGUGACUAAAAUGACGAAAUUUGAAGUGUCGCCGGAUGGUAAAUAUAUUGCAGUCAUAGGAAAAAUGGGACAAAUAUAUUUACUGUCAGCCUUUUCGAAAGAACUUAUUCAUACAUUUAUGAUGAAUAACAAAUGUAUUGCCGUGACGUUCACUCCGGAUAGUAAAAAUUUAAUAACUAGUGGAGAAACUGAAGAAGUAUAUGUGUGGGAUUUAAAUAGCCGGCUUUGUGUACACAGAGCAAUUGAUGAUGGUUGUAUAUCUGGUACGUCAAUUGCAGUAUCACCGAGUGGACAAUUUUUAGCCACUGGAAGUAAACAAGGAGUCGUAAAUAUUUACGAGACAAAUGAAAUUCUACGUGAGAGAAUUCCGAAGCCUUCUAAAAUAGUUAAGAACCUCAAUACUGCAAUAACAUCACUGAAAUUUAAUUCCACUUGCGAAAUAUUGGCUAUGGCAUCCGAACAUAAAGAAAAUGCUUUUAGAAUGGUGCAUCUACCUUCAUUCAAUGUAUUUUCUAAUUUUCCUACACAGAGAAGUACUAUUUAUAAUGCCCUGACAAUCGAUUUCUCUCCCAAUAGUGGAUUUCUCGGUGUUUCAAACAACAAAAGUUGCGCGCAUUUGUAUCGAUUGAAACAUUACGGUAAUUAUUAAUUUUAUAAAAAAAAAAUUUUUAAAUAAAUAUUGAAAAACAUUUUUUUAUUAAU